AUGUCAAAUCCAUUGGAUCUGGCCACUCAACAAGAGAUUCGUCAUACAGAGACCCUCCCUGCUCAUACCAUUUUUCAUGAGUUGCAGGCUCUCAUCCGACCACUUGCUGGACAUAUGCAGACACAGGAGGAGCUCAACUUGGCAAGGGACAAGAUCUGUGCUAUCCAACUCGGUGAUGCAUUUACAGGGCUCCGUGAUCCCCAUGUCAGUAAUCCGAAAGGGAGACCUUCCACCACCCGUUUAACUGGACCAUCAGAAGGACAUGCUCGAGGGGGAGGUGCAUCCAGGGCUCACCACUUGACAAAUCGACUGCAAUGCAAUUGCAGUGUUUGCCACCAGCCAGGUCACAACCGCUCGACAUGCCCCCAAUGCUGGGAUUAG